CAGUACUCUACCAUUCUUCGUUUUGUAGGGGUAUCGGUAUCGGUAUACAAAAAUUAAAAUGGCAACUAGUUAUAAUAGAUUAUCAUUCUCGAAUGAUGAAGAAUUUAAAUUAAUUGAAUUUAUUAAAAAUCAUCCCGCUCUUUGGGAUGCCAGUCACACGGAAUAUGGAAAUGCAGAAUUACGUAAACUAUAUUGGGUUAAAUUGUCAAAAGAAUUAAAUAAAUCAGUAUUUGAAUGUCGAAGGAAAUGGCGUUUCGUUCGAGAUUAUUACAUUCAUAAGCGUCGCAGACAACCGGAGAGCACUCCACAACGUGAUGGCAAAUACUAUAGUUUACAAUUUCUCAAUAAGAUUAAAGUAUCUUCGAAGAAGAAUGCUUCUGAAAUGUGUCAAAAAAGUAAUGUCAAAAGUAGAAAAAACAUCGCAAAAGCUCAAGAAAGCAUUGAAGUCGAUUACAUUGGUUCUGACGAAGAAAUCGAUUAUAAUUUUUUGGAUGAUCCGACAAUUGAAAGAAUAACGGUUGAGCGAAUGGGAAAUAGUGUCAAAAAUAACGACGAAGAUGUUUCGUUACAACAUCAGGAUCCAGAACCAGAUGCAAAUAAUGAACAUGAUGAUAGAUCAGAUGAUUUUUUAUUCAAAGAAGAUUACAUAGACGAAGAAAAUACAAACGAAGUUGAGAAAUUACAAAAUAAUAUUCACGAAAUUGAGGCAGAAGCAGUAAUAGAAGAAGAAGAAGACGAAGAACAUUUUGAUGCGAAAAAUUUAAAUAUGACAUUUGAACAAGGAACCGAUGGAAGUACUCAAACAGAUAGUAAAUCCGUAGCUUUGUUGCAUGAUAAGGCAAUCGAUCUUUUCUUCGAAAGUAUGGCAGCAGCUGUCAAAACAUUUCCACCACAAUAUGUCGCCGAAGCUAAGUGCAAAGUUUUUAUGGCUUUUAAUGAAGUUGAAUCGAAAGUUUAUAGAAAUACAAACAAAAAUUAAAUUUAAUACUUAAA